GGUCCGACAGAACGUAGUACGGCGGGGAGAGAGAGUUUGCAUAAAAAGCAGGACCGACGGAGUACGCCAUCACUUGUCAACAUGGCACUUCCCUGGAACACUUGUGGAUUCCUGCUGCUGCUAGCCAGCACCGUCUCAGCCGGGUCGUGGAGCUCCUCUGCCCAGUCGAACUCUAUCGAGUGUAAUGAACACGGCUUCGCCCGCGACCCCAACGACUGCGGGGCUUUCUACAGGUGCGCCAACGGGAAGAACUACCGGUUCGAGUGCCCCGCCAAUCUCAAGUUUGAUAUGACCAUCAGCGUCUGCAAUUGGCCUGCAAGUGUCGAUUGUAGCUCAGCUUUCCCCGCCAACAACGGGUAUGAGCCCCAGUACCCCUAUGCCCCACCCCCUACAUACAAGCCGCAGUACCAGGAGCCCGCCCCAACGUACGCCCCACAGCCCGUCUACACAUCGAAACCAGUGUACAAGAAGCGCCCCAGGAAGCCUUCCUACAAAUCACAGUCUGUGCCAAUGCCUCAGCCAAUGCCCCAACCAAUGCCCCAGCCUCAGCAGCCCGUUUACCAACAACCCCAGAGACCAGUCUAUCAGCAGCCAAUGACCCAAGCUCCAGUAUACCAGCAGCCAAUGACCCAGGCCCCAAUGUAUCAGCAACCGAUGACCCAGGCCCCUAUGUAUCAGCAACCGAUGACCCAGGCCCCUAUGUAUCAGCAACCGAUGACCCAGGCACCGAUGUACAUGCCCCAGCGGCCAGUCUACCAACCCCGGAAACCGGUCUACCGUCAACCAAUGACACAGGCCCCGGUGUACCAGCAACCGACAUACAAGAAGCCCACGUACAGCCAGAACAAUCAGAACAUGUACGCUCAGCAGCCCCAAUACGGAGGCGGCAUGAACGGUGGCAUGAACGGCGGCAUGAACGGAGGCAUGAACGGCGGCAUGAACGGCGGCAUGAACGGAGGCAUGAGCGGUGGCAUGAACGGCGGCAUGAGCGGUGGUAUGAACGGCGGCAUGAGCGGUGGAUGGACUUCCCAAAAGAAGCAGUCAGGAGGAUCUAACUGGGGCACGAAGAAGAGCUUAUUCCCAUCCAACAUGAAUCAGAACAGCGGUAUGAUGGGUGGUAUGAACGGAGGUAUGAACGGAGGCAUGAACGGCGGUAUGAUGAGCGGAGGUUGGUCCACAGGGAAGAAAACAGGCGGCUAUGGACAGAGCCUAUUCCCAUCACAAAUGAAUACCGGCGGUAUGAUGGGUGGUAUGAACGGCGGUAUGAUGAGCGGAGGGUGGUCCACAGGGAAGAAAACCGGUGGCUACGGACAGAGCCUAUUCCCAUCACAAAUGAAUACCGGCGGUAUGAUGGGUGGAAUGAACGGCGGCAUGAUGGGAGGCCACAUGAUGGGCGGCGGUAUGAUGGGAGGCGGCAUGAUGGGAGGCGGUAUGAUGGGAGGCGGCAUGAUGGGAGGCGGCAUGAUGGGCGGUAUGAGCCAGACCACCCUCUUCCCUCCCUACCUUCCCCAGAAACCCAAAGCCAACAGUCUCCUGGGCAUGCUGAUGCAGAUGCAGCAACAACAGAAGAACCCCGGCGGCGCCAUGAGCCCCAUCCUCAUCCCCUACCCCUUCCCACCAGAGUGGUUCAAAAUGGACUCCGAGACCACCACUAUGUCCACGACGGAGGCAACGACAACAGCACCAGCCGGGGGCAAGAAGGGCAACAACAUCUUCUUCAUCUCAAUGGUCCCUCCUAUGUUCCCCCCACCGUUUCCAGGAGCUCCCUUGGACGGGCCUUGCGGAGGAUUCCCUGAUUCCCCCUUCCCCUUCAACAACUCCGAGCCAGCCUGCGGUCUCAUCCGGGCAUCUCUCGGCGCCACCAACCCCUUCGGCGGUGUUCCCGGUCUUCCUCCACUUUCGACCGCCGGCAUCAGUAGACAGAAUGCAGGUUGCCGGACCAUCUCCUCAGGACAGAGGGCAAUCGACCUCCGGUUCGUGGGCUCCUCCAGCCGCCUGUCCGGCCCCCAGUGUCUGGCCUUCGAGACGCUUCUCAACAGCUUCACCACAACCUACCUGGAGAGGACCGUCGUCCCAGACAACACCAGGAGCAACGAAGCCUGCACCGUCUCCGUCCCCGACAUCAGGGUCAACUGUAACUAGAACUAUGGUCGAUGUCUCGUCUCAUUGUCAUCACACGUGGCGAGAUUCUCGCGAGAGUCUCUUUUUCGCCUCUCACCGGAAAUGUCGAGAAUCUUGUUCUCAGGCCUCAUCAGAUAUUGGGAGCGUCUUGCUCUCGCUUUACUUCACCUCCAACAUAUUUUGUGGUUGUGUGUAUAUUUAUGUAAAUAAUAAAGUGUGGAUGUCGUA